AUGGGAAUCUCUGCAACUCUGCCAUUUCUCCAGAUUGCUGUCUUAUAUGUUUCUUUCCUCGCAACAAGUACUGUCCAUGUGUUGUUGCUGCUUGCGCGUCGGCCGCGGCCGUUUUGCGGAGUCUCGGGACUUGCAUUUGGCCUAGUUUCGGCAAAAGUCCCUCUCACGGAACAAAGAGCCAAGUGGAACCGAAACGGACGGAAGAUCGACGAGACUUUGACCUCACUUCAGCUUGGCAUUCCCUGCUUGCCUUGGGCUUUCGAUAAAACUCCGCCUUUCUUACGCAACUUCCUUCUGCUCAUCAUCGUCGGCCUCGUCGUUGUCGACCUCAUCCUCCGUCGUUGUGGCAAAGAGAGAAAUGUGGAGACCAACGACGUCGAGAUAAACGUCAGCACCAAUGAAUGGAAGGGUAGUGGGUGGUGCGACAGGCGGCUCUGUUUCAGCCGCUACUUGUAUUUGGUGGACGGAUGGAUCGUCGCUUCAAAGGGAUUGUCAGGCCCCAAACCCAAAGGGUCCGACUGUUUCAAUCCCAUGUUGCCAUGUUUGUUUGUCUUCCUCUCUCAACCGCCGGACCUCCUCUGUGUGAUCAUCACCACGCAUUCCACGGCAUUCAAUCCAGCACACGCCCCUCUCAGCAUUGUACCCGAGAAGGACGACAAUGACGAUCUAUCAAAGCUUGUAUUUGCCGGGUCUCUUGAACCUUGGGCAUCAACCAGAGCCGAUGAGGUGGCUAGUGGAUCACCGUCGUAUUUUCUACAACUGCGACGGCAGGGAACAAAGAUUGUUGAAGGCGCUCGGGAACCUGGGCCUUCCCCACAUUUCAAGACACUCAAAGACACAGCUGAGCUUUUGAGCUCUUUUUUUUCUGACGACUGUUUACGGCGGACUUUGAAAUACCCGAAUACCCACCUGACGGCCUGGAGCGAAUCUCAUGGUGGUUGCUGCAAGGCAUACGGUAUACCCAAGCACCCAAGAUGCCGACCUCGCCAACCACCGUCAACCACCAUGUCUCACCAGCCAGCGAGGUGCUGUUCCGCUACGUAUUUUCUGCUGGACCGGCAGCAAACUGACGACACAGAUGUUUUCAAAGCCCUUCUCCACGAGCGCCAGCGGAUGUAUGCAUGCGUAGGGAUCAUACCCGUAGGGGCACGCGGAGCAAAGGGCGGAAUUGGCGAUAUGUCUAUGAAGAAUUACUGGACGAUAACGACUGGACCACGUACGGGGGAUAACGACGACUCGGGCAGUGCAGUACUGGAGCACAAGAUCACUGGAGGAUACCUGGAUUGCAAAUGGGAACCGGCCCGGUUGAGCCUUGGAACGUGCGGUGUCCCUCGUGUGAUGUUUAACUGA